AUGCUGGACCCCAAUGAGCCCGUCUCGGCCGGUGGCAUCCGCGACUCCUCGGCCAACAAGAAGAAGUUCAGCAGGUCGUCCUUCGACUACAAGCGCGGCCGCCCCGAGUUCCGCGACCUCUUCCCCGAGUUCUGCGACGAGGCCAAGAGGCCACCGUCGGGACGGUGGUGCCUCAACGGCCCGCCCGCUGCGGCCGAGGCCACCGCCGAUGCCGAGAGCGGAGACGCCGCCGCCGCCCCGGCGGGCGCGGCGGGCGCCCCGAGGCCGGGCGGCGCGCUGGGGGGCGUCUGGCUCGGCGGGCGCGCCCUGCUGGCGCUGUCGGUGCUACUCGCGGGUUAUCGUCAUUGUGGGGGUUGUGGAUGGGGGUAG